UGAAAGUAUAAAACAUAAGUUAUCUCACGUGUUGAGAUUUAUAUAGUGAGACUAGUGUAACUUGUGAGCUGAUUUUUGUGUAUCUAUCUAAGGACUUUUGUGUAAUUGUGAAUUGUAGCGAACAAAAUGGCAGCACAGUUCUUCACAAACAUUGGUAAACUUGGUUUAGGCCUGGCUAUUGCUGGAGGUGUAGUUAAUACAGCUCUUUAUAAUGUGGAUGGAGGACAUAGGGCAGUUAUUUUUGAUCGCUUCAGUGGAGUGAAGAAUUACGUUGUUGGUGAAGGCACACAUUUUCUUAUCCCAUGGGUCCAGAAACCUAUUAUUUAUGACAUUCGUGCCAAGCCAAGAAAUGUCCCUGUAAUUACUGGAAGCAAAGAUUUGCAGAAUGUGAAUAUUACUCUACGAAUCCUCUUCAGACCAGUAGCUGAUAACCUGCCUAAGAUAUACACUACUCUUGGUCUAGAUUAUGAUGAAAGAGUUCUACCAUCAAUCACUAAUGAAAUUUUGAAAGCCGUGGUUGCCCAGUUUGAUGCGAGUGAAAUGAUCACUCAGAGAGAAGUGGUAUCGCAGAAAGUAUGUGAAGAAUUGACUGACAGGGCAGCCCAGUUUGGGCUGAUUUUGGACGACAUUUCUAUCACCCAUCUAUCAUUUGGAAAAGAAUUUACUCAUGCUGUUGAGUUGAAGCAAGUGGCUCAGCAAGAGGCUGAGAGGGCACGUUUUCUUGUAGAAAAGGCUGAACAACAGAAGCGUGCUGCAGUGAUAUCUGCAGAAGGUGACACUGAAGCUGCAUCCCUGCUUGCCAAAUCUUUUGGAUCGGCAGGCGAAGGAUUGGUUGAGUUACGAAGACUGGAAGCAGCAGAAGAUAUUGCCUACCAGUUAUCAAGGUCAAGAAAUGUUAUAUACCUGCCACCAGGACAGCAAACUUUGUUAAGUUUGCCACAGUAAAGUAUUAAGUGUAGUUGUUAAAAAUUUUGUAAUUUCAGUCUUGUUGGUGUGCCAUACAACAGUUGUACACGCACUGAGAUAUUUUCUUAUAAAUAGAAAAUUGUGUAUAAGGUGGUAUACCAAACAAGACAGAGAGAAGUUCAACAAAUUAAUUGCCUUUAUAUCUUUGCAGUUGCCACUGUAACAUUAGUAGUAGGUGUUUGUACUUGAUAAAAGUAUUAUAUUUUCUCCUAAACCUGUAGAUUCAUCCUAAUUCUUCCUCGCUACUGUACUGAGAUCAUUUGUGUUAUGAAAUAAAAUAAGUGUAUGCUCUGAUCA